AUGGCUUCCAAAUGCCUCAAGGCCAGCUUCUCCACGGGGUCCCUCAAGAGUCCUGGAGGGGCUGCAGGGGGCUCCACUCGCGUGGCCACCAUGUACUCCAGCAGCUCCUGCAAGCUGCCCCGUGGGCCCCGCAGCUUCUCCGUGUGCCCCGCAGGUCUGGGCAGAAGCAGCUUCGGGGCUGCCAGCUGCCUCCCCGCUCCCUGCUUCCCCGCUGGGGGCUUUGCCGCCAGCUAUGGUGUGGCCGGGGGCUGGUUUGGGGAGGGCGUCCUCACAGGCAGCGAGAAGGAGACCAUGCAGUCCCUGAACGACCGGCUGGCCAGCUACCUGGAGAAGGUGCGGCAGCUGGAGCGGGAGAACUCGGAGCUGGAGGGCCGCAUCCGUGAGUGGUGCGAGCAGCAGGUGCCCUACAUGUGCCCGGACUACCAGGCCUACUUCCGCACCAUCGAGGAGCUGCAGAAGAAGACCCUGUGCAGCAAGGCAGAGAACGCCAGGCUGGUGGUGCAGAUUGACAAUGCCAAGCUGGCUGCGGACGACUUCAGGACCAAGUACGAGACAGAGCUGUCCCUGCGGCAGCUGGUGGAGUCGGACAUCAAUGGCCUUCGCAGGAUCCUGGAUGACCUGACCCUGUGCAAGGCCGACCUGGAGGCGCAGGUGGAGUCGCUGAAGGAGGAGCUGCUGUGCCUCAAGAAGAACCACGAGGAGGAAGUGAACUCCCUGCGCUGCCAGCUUGGCAACCGGCUCAAUGUGGAGGUGGACGCAGCCCCACCUGUGGACCUGAACCGUGUUCUGGAUGAGAUGCGGUGCCAGUACGAGACCCUGGUGGAGAACAACCGCCGGGAGGCAGAGGACUGGUUCGACACCCAGACCGAGGAGCUGAACCAGCAGGUGGUGUCGAGCUCGGAGCAGCUGCAGGGCUGCCAGGCGGAGAUCAUUGAGCUGCGGCGCACGGUCAACGCCCUGGAGAUCGAGCUGCAGGCGCAGCAGAGCAUGAGAGAUGCUCUGGAGUCCACCCUGGUGGAGACUGAGGCCCGCUACGGCUCGCAGCUGGCCCAGAUGCAGGGCCUGAUUGGCAGCGUGGAGUCGCAGCUGGCGGAGAUCCGGGCUGACCUGGAGCGGCAGAACCAGGAAUACCAGGUGCUGCUGGACGUGCGGGCGCGGCUGGAGUGUGAGAUCAACACGUACCGGGGCCUGCUGGACAGCGAGGACUGCAAGCUCCCCGGCAACCCAUGUGCCCCUGACCAUGCACCCUCCAAGUCCUGCCUGCCUUGUCUGCCUCCCUCCUCCUGCAGUCCUGGCACCGCCCGCACCACCUGCAGCCCCCGCCCUGUUUGUGUGCCCUGCCCCGGCGGCCGCUUCUGAGCAUGGCUGACCUGGAAGGCCCAGGCCCCUGUGUCCAGGGUUGGACCUGGAUUCUACUCACCCCGACUCACAGCC